GACGUCUGUGCGUCUAAAAACAGACCAAGUGCUGCUCACAGCCGUCCACAGGCCUCCAACGCUCCUCUUCUUCUUCGUCUGCUUCUUUAUUUCUUUAUAUUGUUUAAUCUCUGGGACGCCUCCCUUGUCCUCCCCCAUCGUGUCCUGGUGACGCCUGUCUCCCCCGGGACACUCGCCAUCAUGGAGAGUCUGGAGAAGCAGCUCAUCUGUCCCAUCUGCUUGGAGAUGUUCACCAAGCCCGUGGUCAUCCUGCCCUGCCAGCACAACCUCUGCCGCAAGUGUGCCAACGACAUCUUCCAGGCGUCCAAUCCCUACCUGUCCACAAGGAGCGGCUCCACGGUGACGUCAGGCGGUCGUUUCCGCUGCCCGUCCUGCCGACAUGAGGUGGUUCUGGAUCGACACGGGGUCUACGGACUGCAGAGGAACCUGCUGGUGGAGAACAUCAUCGACAUGUACAAACAGGGAAGCAGCAGCAGUCGACCAGAACCUGAGCAGAAGCAGGAUCAGCCGAUGUGUGAGGAACAUGAAGAUGAGAAGAUCAACAUCUACUGUGUCACCCACAGCGUUCCCACCUGUUCCCUCUGUAAAGUGUUCGGAGCUCAUAAAGACUGUGAAGUCGCUCCGCUGGACAACGUCUUCCAAACACAGAAGGCAGAGCUGACGGACUGUAUCUCCAUGUUGGUUGGGAACAACGAGAGGAUUCAGGCCAUCAUCAUUCAGCUGGAGGAAACCUGCAGAGCUGUCGACGAAAACGGACGCAGACAGAAGUCAAAGGUGUGCGAGACGUUCGAUCACCUGUUCGCUCUGCUGGAGGAGAGGAAAGGUGAGAUGACCCUGAGGAUCAACUGUGAGCAGGAGAAACUCGACUACAUCAGAGGUCUGAAGAGGAAGCACACCGACCACCUGGAGACCGCCGCCAAGCUGCUGGAGACCGCCAUCCAGACCCUGGACGAGUCCGAGAUGGCCGUGUUCCUGCAGGUGAACCUGAAUGCACCGAGGAGGUUUAAAUAAUCCCAAU